CCUGCCGAUUAUUCAUCCAUUCAUUCUUUCCUUCUUUCUCCCACUCAUACUUCCCCGACUCGAUUUCCAAAGCAAGAUCUCCAAAUAUCACCUCCUCCUACACCGGAGACCAGACAUACUAGCACACAAAACACAAAAAUGGCCGACAACCAAGAACCAGCAAUAACAGAGGACUUCCUCUCCGCCGCCCUCAAGACGCGGCUCAAUGCCACUCACGUAGAAGUAACAGACAUGUCGGGCGGUUGCGGCGCCUCCUUCACCUCCCUCAUCGUCUCGCCCGACUUCGUCGGCAAAAACUCGCUCAAGCGGCACCGACUGGUCAACGCGGCGCUCAAGGUGGAGAUUGCGCGGAUCCACGCGUGGAGCGCCAAGUGCCAGACGCCCGAGGAGUAUUCCAAAGAAAGGGCGGCUACCGGCGGGAACGACGGCCCGCCCAUGGAUGGGACGAAUGCUGAGGGGAAGGUGGAGGGUGUUGCUCAGUGAGUGAAGGGAGUGAAAAGGAGGAAG